UAUUACACGAGACAAAUCACAGAAGUUUGAUUUUUGAUCUGUAUUUCUAACCACGUUUAAGCAAAUAUGUCAAUAGCUGCUUAUUUAUAAACAGUUUUGUUUAAUAAAAGAAUGAUACGAUGAUCAGACUAUAAUACAAACCAGUGAAAAGAGGUAUCAUCGUAAAUAUUAAUAGUAAAUAGUGUCAAUAAACAAAUUUGUAUCUUUUUUUCUUUAAUGUGUAUUUGACAACGAAAGCACAAUGUCUUAUAUGCUAUCACAUCUACACAAUGGGUGGCAGGUAGACCAAGCAAUUUUAUCAGAAGAAGAUAGAGUAGUUGUUAUUAGAUUUGGUCAUGAUUGGGAUCCAAUGUGUAUGAAAAUGGAUGAAGUCCUUUAUAACAUUGCUGAAAAGGUUAAAAACUUUGCUGUCAUUUAUUUGGUUGAUAUUACACAAGUACCUGACUUCAAUAAAAUGUAUGAAUUAUAUGAUCCUUGUACGGUCAUGUUUUUCUUUAGAAAUAAGCAUAUAAUGAUAGAUUUGGGAACAGGAAAUAAUAACAAAAUAAAUUGGACCCUAGAAGAUAAACAAGAAAUGAUUGAUAUUAUUGAAACAGUCUAUAGGGGUGCUAGGAAAGGUAGAGGUUUGGUUGUUUCACCCAAAGAUUAUUCUACAAAGUAUCGCUAUUAAUUUAUUUAAUUAAUAGAGUUUGAUAGAAAUAUUAUUUUAUAUUGAUCCAUGUCGGUAGGCCAACAAGAUUUAAACGUGUAUGAACAAUUCAAAAAUUAAUGAAACAAUAAGACAAGCAAAGUAUAAUUAUAACAUGUUAUGUUUAUUAUAUUGAUGAACUAAUGUUCGUAAAUUCAAAAUAAAUGUGAUUUUCUA